AUGUCGUCCGUUGUUCUAGCCACCGCCGGUUACGACCACACCAUCCGCUUCUGGGAAGCCACCAGCGGCAUCUGCUACAGAACGCUCCAGUACGCUGACUCGCAAGUCAAUCGCCUGGAGAUCACCGCGGACAAGGAGUACCUCGCAGCAGCAGGCAACCCGCACAUCCGCGUGUUCGAAGUCAACUCGAACAACCCGCAGCCGCUGUCCAGCUACGACGGGCACACGGGCAACGUCACAGGCGUGGGAUUCCAGAAGGAUGGAAAGUGGAUGUUCUCGGGCUCCGAGGACGGCACGGUGCGGAUCUGGGACCUCCGCGCUCCGGGCUGCCAGCGCGUGUACGAGAGCCGCGCGAGCGUGAACAGCGUCGUGCUGCACCCCAACCAGGGCGAGCUGCUGUCCGCGGACCAGAACGGCAACAUCCGCGUGUGGGACCUCUCGCAGAACGCAUGCAGCUGCGAGCUCGUGCCCGAGGUCGGCGUCGCAGUGCGCUCGCUGUCCGUGGCGAUGGACGGCUCGAUCGUGGUCGCGGCGAACAACCACGGCACGUGCUACGUGUGGCGCAUGCUCGGCGGGCAGUCGCACGCCACGCAGUUCGAGCCGCUGCACAAGCUCAAGGCCCACAAGGGCCACAUCCUGCACUGCCUGCUGUCGCCGGACGUCCGGCAGCUCGCCACCACGUCGAGCGACAAGACGGUCAAGCUGUGGAACCUCGAGGACUUCUCGCUCGACAAGACGCUCGUGGGGCACUCGCGCUGGGUGUGGGACUGCGUCUUCUCGGUGGACGCGGCCUACCUGGUCUCCGCGUCGUCGGACGCCACCGCGCGCCUGUGGGACCUCUCCACGGGGGAGGCCAUCCGCGUGUAUUCGGGCCACCACAAGGCCUGCGUGUGCUGCGCCCUGAACGACAGCGCCGUCGAGGAGGCCCCGUGA